CUCACUACUUCUUCAUCGCACUCAAACCCUCUAAACCUUCUUUCUAUCUCUCUUCAUUGACUUUCUUUCACAAAUUAAUACAUUUUAUCAUGGCCUUCACUGAUUUGUUCCUCCAUUUUGUACUCUUCGUUUCUUUACUCCAUUUCAGCUCUGCUGCAAGAAAUCUGGCAGAGUCAGAGUCAGACCAGCCUUUGCUCUUCCAGUACCAUAAUGGGCCUCUUCUCGGUGGCAAAAUUUCCAUCAACCUUAUUUGGUACGGCAAUUUCAAGCCCUCCCAAAAAGCCAUUGUUUCAGAUUUCAUUACCUCCGUUUCUUCUUCUACACCGAAGCAAGAACAGCCCUCCGUUACCACAUGGUGGAAAUCUAUCGAAAAAUACUACCAUCUGGUCAAUUCCAAGUCCAAGAAAUCCUACUCUCUUUCUCUCCAAUUGGGUUCGCAGAUAAUCGACGACAAGUAUUCUCUGGGAAAAUCGCUCACCAGUCAGCAAAUUGUACAAUUGGCAUCCAAAGGAGGCCAGAAAGACUCCAUUAACGUGGUAUUGACAUCAUCCAACGUCACCGUGGAUGGGUUUUGCUCCAGUACUUGCGGGAGGCACGGAUCUUCCGUCACACCCACUUCAAUCAGAGGGAAGAGCUACAAUAAGUUCGCUUAUAUCUGGGUCGGUAACUCGGAGACUCAGUGCCCCGGUCAGUGCGCUUGGCCAUUCCACCAGCCCAUUUACGGCCCACAGACUCCAGCGUUGGUUUCACCAAACAACGAUGUGGGUGUGGAUGGGAUUGUGAUAAACUUGGCUAGCCUAUUGGCCGGGACCGUUACGAACCCAUUUGGAAAUGGAUACUAUCAGGGUCCUAAAGAGGCUCCUUUGGAGGCUGCCUCUGCUUGUCCUGGGAUCUAUGCCAAAGGGGCUUAUCCUGGAUACCCUGGAAAUCUUCUCGUGGACCCCACAUCGGGUGCUAGCUACAACGCUCAUGGUUCUAAUGGAAGGAAAUAUUUGCUUCCGGCUCUGUUUGACCCUUCCACGUCAACUUGUUCCACUUUGGUUUAACAGAGUAUGAGGACGUGCUUACACAUCGUGUAUAAUUAAAAAUCUCAAUAUGCAUAGAUAGUAUUUAUAUAUACAUAUAUAUAUAUAUAUAUAUAUUCUUUUUAUGAUUAUUCGUUUGUAUCCAACCAAUAAAUGAAAAUGCUAAUUUUUCGUUA